AGCUGCUUCCCAAGGGAUCCGAGACAGCUGACAUCGCUGCCAACAUAAAUAAUCUUGCAGGUUGGUGACAAGUUGGUGAGAGUGUGGUGAUUCUCCCUUGUCUUGUAUUCAAUAGGAGUGCUUUUCUUUCUUUCUUUCUUUCUUUUUUUUUUUUUUCCCCUCCCUUUGACAUGACUUCUAGGAGGCACGAAAGAGGUAUUUCCUUUUCUUUUCCCUUUUGUUUCCCCCCUCUUUAUUCUCUACAUAACAGUUGGCAUUGCUGGGAGCUAAAAAGGUAGAUAUAACAUUUUGGAGGUUCAGGUAGGAGUAUGUGUAGUCCACAACCAAACAAACAUAUGCUAAGAAAAAACAAAGCUGCUUCAUGUAAUUCCUCUGUACUGCUGAGAAAACCUGUGUUAUAAAGCACAGAAGCUGCUGCCAGGCUGAGCUACGUUUUGAAAGCAGAACUUGAUGGAUUGUUUAGGAAAGCAUCUACAGAGGAGGCUAAAAAUCCCCUUCUAAGUUUUGGUAUGAUGCUCACGCUACAAGAAGAACUUUCUGUUUCUUGCAUAGUUUAAAAAGUUUAUUCCAGUUGACAACUGGAUUAAAGUAACUCCUUAAAGUGCCUUUUAAGUCUUGAAUUCUGAAUGUUGAAAAGAGCCUUUUGUUUAAGAUCUCUUGUUUGACUGGUCUCGCUGAUAACAUUCCCUUCUGACUUGACAUUGAGGCUGGUAUGUUGGUGCUGCCUGGCUUGUAAAGAGAACCCAUGCCCUAGAUUUAGUGCAGGACCUGUUCUAAGGAGGAAGCUGGAGCUAGAGCUCUCUGAUGCUGAAUUUCAGUAGAAAUAGCUACAGUGAUUCUAUUUAACUAGGAGGGAGGGCUUGCACAUUGAAAUAUGCUGUGCAGUAUUUUGGAAGCAGGCUGGGUCUACUAUUUCUUAGCCCUGUACAAAAGGAACGUGGCUUCUCCUGAUCCCCAUCUGUGCAAUAUCCCAAUUGAAGUGUUUUCUUUUUGUUUAAAUGGAACAAAAAAUGUAUUUUAGGACAGUGCUUGGCUAAGUUCUAUAUUCCUACAUGGAAAACACUGAAAGUCCAGGUGUGAUACUGAAUGGAGAAGGGCAGGACUUGGCUUCUUGUGCCUGUCUUCAAAAGCAGAAUUUUAGUUAAGUUAUGAGCUUCGCUCUCUCAGGUUCUUUUGUUUGUCCCUUUCCCCAGUCUCUCCCAAUAGGUUUGUGUGUUUGUUUGUUUGGGACCUGUCUGGAUUCCUGCAGGAGUAAAUGUACUGCUGUUUCUUCUUAGAUCUGAACUUGUUAAGGAUAGGUUUUUAACAGAAGCUGAAACCAGUGGAAAUGUUAUCCUCCUUAGACACUUUCUUGGAGAGGGUUAAAGCAAAUAAACACGCGAGGGCCAAUUCUCUUCUAUAUUUAAAACAAAUACACCAACAACAAUCUACCACCAAGGAACCACACAAAGCUGCCUUGGAGGACUGAGUGGAAGGACAAAUACCUGCUCCUGGGGACUGCCAGCACCUAUUCCUUUCUGCAGCUUGGGCUCCUUCCGGGCCUCACAUCCAUCACAGAUUCACUUUGUUGCCCACUGCUAUUUAUUUUGACUCUUCUGGGGCACUAGAAAAGGUCUCCUCUUUGGAAACCAUUGCAGCUAUAUAACUUGCAAAUUCUGUGUAAUGGUUUCCUCCAGUUUAACUCCCCCUUUUUCUCACCAUGCCCUUCUUUCUCCCUGUCUGCCCACAUCUACCUGGAGAUGUGGUACUCAGGGCAGCAGCUGCCCCGGUGCUUUGGAGAGGAACUGCAGGUCAAUGUCAGUGCCCUGAAUAGAGCACUUCUCAAGGGUGCAUCCCCUGGCAAUUUAAUAGACUGGCCUGUCUGAUGUGAACUGCUGCAGUAUGAGCUUCUGGAUGCGCCUCGUGACUGUCUUGAUCAUGAUUUGGUGUUCUGUUGAUGAUUUGCAAAUAUUCUCUCUUAUUUCAGAAGAGUGUAGCUGGCACUUUACCUUUGAAAAUGUGUAGAGGUCAACAGAAGGAUCAAUUAUUUUUCAACUGGCUGGAAGAUAGCUACAGCAGCAUGAGUUUUAGUUCUUUUUGUAUGUAUAUCAAUAGCCUUAAGCUGUUUUAAGAUUCUGCAUCUCUUUAAUUCUGUGUAACACAGGCUGUUGUGGCUCGAUCUCUGCUUGAGGAUCCACCAAUGAAGAAGACAGAAGAAACUUAAUUCUGAAUUUGAAGUAUAUUUAACAAAAAAGAUGGCGGAGUUUCUCUACAGAUGGGUGGGUUGUAUGAGUGUAUAUGCAUACAGACUUAAUAUACUCCCUACAUACAGGAUGUGUGUAUACAAAUGUAUGUGUAUACGUGUUUACAUACACACCUGUUUAAUCUCUGGAUAGAUGGAAAAGUCGUGUAAUUCUGGUAUUUUCCUCAACUGCAGUUGCAAGUGCUGUGUCCAGGAACCCUGGGCUUGUUUCUAUGGCAGCCAUUCACAGCCUUUUAACAUCCAGCCUUCCCCUGCUCCCUGCUUGGCAGUCAGAGGAAAAGAUGAAUAUUGCAACACCCCCACUGAGCAUCUCAGUGCAGGGGCGAAGGUCAGGGGGCAGAGCUGCCUGCAGGUGGCAGGACGGUGCAGGAGGGACUUGGCUCCUGUAGGCUGCUCUGCUCCUGUGCUGCAGCACAGCCUCUGUGGCACUGGUCUCUCAGCUCUGCAUCAAGAAUGUAUGGGUGUAGCCUACAUCUCUGCCACUGUUUAUUUUUCAUCCCUCUUUCACCCCCCCCCCCCUCCCUCUUGCCCUGCCCUGCAAAAAGAUUACAAUAUCAGAAUAGCACCAUGAGCAGGAAUGUUAUGGAACCUGUGCUGCACUAGAUAGAGUGACUAAUAUCUCUUGAAAUAAUCUCCCUUUAAAUAGCCUGGAAGUGCUCUGAUGAACUUCUGUUUUGGGAACCACAAGAACACAGCCAUGGUUGCAGUCUGUGUGAGUAGCCAGACCUGUGCUGCUAUGCAGUGAGCAACACCGUUAUUUAUCCUAGGAAGGUCUUCCUUUUUUUCUUCAUGUUGUUGCAGGGAGAGCUGAGAUCAGAUCCCUGGUAAUGUUUCUGUAUAGUAGCUGCUCUGCUAUGUUGUAAGUGGCAGUGAGGAGGGAGUAGUAUUCCAUUGAGACAGUUCUUUCCCAUGCGGCUUUGCACCUGAGCUGCGAUGGGGCUGUGGCUGGCUCCGGUCUGUACAGCUGGCUUUAGCUGAGACAGUGCAGAUCCUGAGUUAUCAAGACAGCCUUCAGAAACGUGAGGAUCCGAUGCACACCCAACAACCACUACAGCACUCUCCUAUUUGUCUAAAUCUCAGAGAAUCUUCAGUGCUCAAGACAGCAUUGCAAGUCUUGCCUCAGCUGAGCACAAUGGCUUCGUUUCCUGUCCUCAAGCAAGAGAUAUUGUUCCGGAAUGGCACGUGGAGCUAUCGAAUUCCAGCCCUGCUCUACCUGCCGCGUUUCAGCAUCAUCCUGGCAUUUGCUGAGGAACGAGAGGAUGUGGUGGAUGAGCAUGCCAAGCUCAUAGUGAUGCGCAGAGGCACAUACAACCCAGCCACACACCAUGUUCAGUGGAGCGGCAUGGAGACCAUUCUCAGUGCACAGCUGGAAGGUCAUCGAUCCAUGAAUCCCUGUCCUGUUUAUGAUGAGGUCUCGGGGAAUCUGAUCCUGUUCUUCAUAGCUGUCCCGGGAAAGAUCUCUGAGCAUCACCAGCUCAGGACAAAGAUCAACCUGGUACGUCUCUGCUAUGUCACUAGUGUGGACCAAGGACGCACAUGGAGCCCUGUCCAGGAUAUCACUGAGAGCACCAUCAGCACAGAGUACAGGAACUGGGCCACUUUUGCAGUGGGACCAGGUCAUGGAUUACAGCUGUCCAAUGGGGCCCGGAGCCUUGUGAUUCCUGCCUAUGCCUUUCGUAUCCUUGACCCUAAGCAGCACCCUGUCUCUUAUGCCUUCUGCUUCAUCAGCUAUGACCAUGGAAUGACGUGGGAGAUGGGGAACUUUGUGGGAAAAGAGAGCGCGGGGGAGUGCCAGGUAGCCGAGGUACACCGCUGUGGCAUGAAUGUGCUCUACUGCAAUGCUAGGAGCAACAGGGGAGCGAGAAUCCAGGCUGUCAGCUACAACGGCGGGGUGGAUUUUGAUGAAGGCCAACGGAUUGAAAAGCUUGUAGAGCCUCCCUCUGGAUGUCAUGGAAGUAUUGUUGCCUUCCCUCCUUCCCCUGACGUCUGGUGCCAAGAUAGCUGGUUGCUGUACGCUCAUCCUGCAGACCCACACGGCCGAAGAGAUUUAGGAAUUUACCUCAACAGAAGCCCUUUAAAUCCAGCACGCUGGACGAGGCCAAGCAUCCUCUUCAAGGGCUUAUGUGCUUACUCAGACCUGCAGUACAUGGGGAUUGGGCCAGAUGGCUCACCCUUGUUCUCUUGCCUCUUUGAAUAUGGGAUCCAUCAUCAAUGUGAAGAGAUAAUCUUUGUCAUGUUCACUUUGAAGCAAGCCUUCCCAUCUGAGUUCUGAGUCUUGAGCCUUUUCAUCAGGAUUCUUCUGAAAAUCACCUUUGCUGAUGCUUCUUUUCACUAUCACCUCUCAUCUUUCAGCAAAAGAAUUUUUGUACUGUUCCCACACCAUCAGCUGAGCAUUGUCUUGUAGCAUGUGUGCAUCAUGAAGUCUAUUAAACAUGCUAAAACUAAA